AGUCAAACAAACAUGGCGGAAAACGGCAGGGGAGCCGGCAGGUCCACGGAUAAUUGUGAUGAAAUAGAUGCCACUGCGACCCCCAGAUCCACUGGAAAUGUGAGUCCAGAGGAUUCAGAGUCUGAAUACUCCCGGGACCUCCGGAGUGUCCUCGUAACCAGCGUUUUAAACCUGGAGACGCUCGACCUAGACCUGUACAGAGGGACACACCAUUGGGUACCCCGCACCCAGCGUUUGUUUGGGGGUCAGAUUGUUGGUCAGGCCCUCGUUGCUGCUGCCAAAUCCGUCAGUGAUAAUAUCUAUGCGCAUUCUCUACACUGCUACUUUGUGCGGGCAGGGGACCCGAAGGUGCCGGUUUUGUACCAGGUGGACCGCACGAGGGAUGGUCGCAGUUUCUCAGUGCGUUCUGUGAAGGCCAUCCAACAUGGACAGCCCAUCCUGAUCUGCCAGGCGUCCUUCCAGAUGCUGCAGCCGAGUCCAGUUCAGCACCAGUUCACCAUGCCUGUCGUCCCUCAGCCUGAAGACCUCCCUACUGUGGAGGAGCUCAUCCAGUCCUACCUCAGUAAACCUGACCUGGCAGAAAAUGCAAAACAGGGCCUUAACAAACUGCUGGCUAAUGAAGUCCCUAUCGAGAUAAAGCCUGUCAGUCCUCCAACAUUUUACAGAUUUGCUGCGACUGAGCCCAAGAUGGUAUUCUGGGUGCGAGCACGAGGACAUAUUGGUGAAGGAAACAUGAAGCUGCAUUGCUGUGUGGCUGCUUAUGUGUCAGACUAUGCAUUUCUGAGCACAGCGCUGAUGCCUUAUCCAAACUACAGAGCCCAUUUCAUGGCCUCUCUAGACCAUUCCAUGUGGUUCCACAGCACCUUCCGCAGCGAUGAGUGGAUGUUAUAUGAGUGUGAGAGUCCAUGGGCAGGUGGCAGUCGUGGGCUGGUUCAAGGUCGUAUGUGGAGGAGGGAUGGGGUACUGGCUGUCUCAUGUUCCCAGGAGGGCGUCCUUAGAGUGAAACCAGCCAAAAACCGAAGCAAACUAUAGGCACAUUCCUGAGAGUUUAUGUAGUAAUUGUUAUAAUAAUGUAUAAUACAUUGCUGCUAUAUAAAUUGUAAUUUAAUCAUAUUUUGUUUUUAAUUUUCAGAUCAUCACUGAUAAUAUAUUGAGUUUUUCCUAAACUUGUCAUAAAUCAAUGCAACAAAUGA